AUGCCCGGCGUCCCACUAGAUGCCUUAGCCCAAGUCAAACGAGGCCUCCGCAGCCUCUUCGGCCGCCGCAAAAAGAAGAAGCAGCCGACGCAGCCGGAGCCUCCACCUAGCUCCAAUGCCCAUAUCCAGACCGCAACAGCGGUCGCCGCUUCGCCGGUAGAAGCUCCAGCGACGAGCAACAGGAGCGUCACGGAAGCCGAGGAUGCUAUCGAAAACGGUACGACUUGGGUCCAAAGGGCCUCGUUGGCAGACAGACAGCCGCAGCUGACCUUAUCCUAUCCAGAAGAGCGCCUCCAUCAUCCACCACCGCAUCCCGCAGCAGAACUUACACCCGCAACAGCGGUCUCCUUGAUGCCCGAUCCUCCACCCGCAACAACUACCGCCCCUCUGUCUUCCGGCCUCCCGGCUUCCCAGCAUCACAUCGCCGCACCCUCUCAGAUCGAAGAAGCGAAAGAGAUCGAUCUGAACCCAGCCCGCGAUAUCAAGACCGGAGAAGGUGGUGGUGGUGGUGAUAUCACGACUGAAUCACACGAAGGCAAGAAUGGCUCCAGCGAUGGCAGGCCCAAGCUCAAGCCCGACAACGAGACAGGCAUGAGCGCUACAAGUGGGCCGAUGGGGGACCACAUGGCGGAAGUAUGGAGGGAUAGCGACGUAGGUUUGAAAGAGGGGAGGCCUGAAGGUCUAGAAGGCGAAGCAGGGGGUUGGCAGAAGGGGCCGGAGGGGAAGGGGAGGGUGGGAAGUUCUGACGGUGGGAAGGGGGUGAGCUGGCUUGGUAUCCGGCUGCUAAGGGUUGGUCGGGUGAUGAAGAAAUUGAAACGCCGUACGAAGUGCCCGGAGCCCCGUGUUCUUUCUUUCGCUGCAUUGGUCUGA